AAGGGAAGGGGAGCGCCGCGCCCCGCCCCGCGGCCUCCCCCUCCCCGCCGCCGCCCCGGCCGCGGCGGAGUGAAUGUGUCGCCAUGGCAACUGAGUGAGGCAGCAGCAGUGCGAGCAGGAGCAGCAGCAGCAGGAGGAGCAGGAGCAGCAGCAGGGACAGGGGCAGGCCGCCGCGGCCCCCGCCGCCUCCGCUCCUCAGUGCGCGGGCGAGGCGGCAGCGGGCGGCCGCCGGGACGGGCGCGGCGGCAGUGGAGGCGGUGCGGGCAGGAUGGAGGACGGCUUCUCCAGCUACAGCAGCCUCUACGACACCUCCUCGCUGCUCCAGUUCUGCAACGAUGACAGUGCCUCUGCUGCAAGCAGUAUGGAGGUAACGGAUCGCAUUGCCUCUCUGGAGCAACGUGUCCAGAUGCAAGAAGAUGACAUCCAGCUGCUUAAAUCUGCCCUUGCUGAUGUGGUUCGACGCUUGAAUAUUACAGAGGAACAACAGGCCAUGCAGAACAAGAAAGGACCUACCAAAGCAAGACCUCUGGUACAAACACUGCCUUUAAGGACUACUGUUAAUAAUGGAACUGUGUUACCAAAGAAACCAAGUGGCUCUUUACCUUCCCCAUCAGGAACCAGAAAGGAAACUGUAUCACCAGCAGCAAAAAGCACUGUUAAGAGAACCAGUUCAACUGAGCGUGUGUCCCCGGGAGGCCGGAGGGAAAGCUAUGGAGAUUCCAAAGGGAGUCGCAACCGCACUGGAUCCACCAGCAGCUCAUCUAGUGGUAAAAAGAACAGCGAAAGCAAACCCAAGGAACCAAUGUUCAGUGCAGAGGAAGGAUACGUAAAAAUGUUUCUUCGUGGACGUCCUGUUACCAUGUACAUGCCCAAAGAUCAAGUGGAAUCUUACAAUUUGGAAGCAAAAGUAGAGCUACCAGCCAAGAGGCUUAAACUGGAAUGGGUCUAUGGAUAUCGGGGUCGGGACUGUCGCAGUAACCUAUAUCUUCUUCCAACGGGCGAAACUGUGUAUUUUAUUGCAUCUGUAGUCGUGUUAUUCAAUGUUGAAGAACAACUUCAGAGACAUUACACUGGUCAUAACGAUGAUGUGAAGUGCCUGGCUGUCCAUCCUGAUAGGAUCACUAUAGCCACAGGUCAAGUUGCAGGUACAUCCAAGGAUGGAAAACAAUUACCACCACACGUACGUGUUUGGGAUUCUGUAACUCUGAAUACACUGCAUGUCAUUGGAAUGGGUUUUUUUGACCGAGCCGUCACCUGCAUUGCUUUUUCUAAAUCUAAUGGAGGAAGUAGCCUGUGCUCAGUGGAUGACUCAAAUGACCAUGUGCUUUCAGUGUGGGACUGGCAGAAAGAAGAAAAGCUGGCAGAUGUCAAGUGCUCUAAUGAAGCUGUAUUUGCUGCAGAUUUUCACCCUACUGAUACAAAUAUAAUAGUUACUUGUGGAAAAUCACACCUUUAUUUUUGGACACUAGAAGGGAAUUCCCUUAUUAAAAAGCAAGGAUUAUUUGAGAAACAAGAGAAACCAAAGUUUGUCCUGUGUGUGACCUUUUCUGAAAAUGGUGAUACUAUUACGGGAGACUCAAGUGGAAACAUUUUGGUUUGGGGGAAAGGUACCAAUAGAAUAAGCCACGCAGUUCAAGGGGCACAUGAAGGCGGAAUAUUUGCACUCUGUAUGCUGCGAGAUGGCACAUUAGUAUCAGGAGGUGGAAAAGACCGAAAGCUAAUAUCUUGGAAUGGAAAUUACCAAAAACUUCACAAAACUGAGAUUCCAGAACAGUUUGGCCCAAUAAGAACGGUAGCUGAGGGAAAAGGUGAUGUCGUACUAAUAGGAACUACUAGAAACUUCGUCCUACAAGGCACGCUGUCAGGAGAUUUUUUCCCUAUUACCCAGGGUCACACUGAUGAGCUCUGGGGACUAGCAGUCCAUUCCUCUAAACCUCAGUUCUUCACUUGUGGGCAUGACAAACACAUUACCCUCUGGGAUGCUACCACUCAUCAUCCGAUCUGGAACAAGAUUAUAGAGGAUCCAGCACAGUCUUCAGGUUUUCAUCCUUCAGCAUCUGUUGUUGCAGUAGGAACACUAACUGGAAGGUGGUUUGUGUUUGACACAGAAACGAAAGACUUGGUCACUGUACACACAGAUGGAAAUGAACAGCUGUCUGUAAUGCGUUACUCACCAGAUGGAAACUUCUUGGCAAUAGGUUCCCAUGACAACUGUAUUUAUAUAUAUGGCGUUAAUGAAAAUGGAAGAAAGUACACUAGAAUUGGCAAAUGUUCGGGUCAUUCCAGCUUUAUUACUCAUCUGGAUUGGUCUGUUAACUCACAGUAUCUUGUGUCUAAUUCAGGAGAUUAUGAAAUCCUAUACUGGAUCCCAUCAGCUUGUAAACAAGUAGUGAGUGUUGAAACAACUAGAGAUAUAGAAUGGGCCACUUACACCUGUACUUUAGGGUUCCAUGUUUUUGGUGUAUGGCCUGAAGGUUCCGAUGGAACAGAUAUCAACGCUGUUUGUCGAUCACACGGGAGAAAACUGCUCUCAACAGGGGAUGAUUUUGGCAAAGUACAUCUCUUCUCAUAUCCCUGUUCACAGUUUAGGGCUCCAAGCCACGUGUACGGUGGACAUAGUAGUCAUGUAACUAAUGUAGAUUUUCUCUGUGAAGACACCCAUCUCAUCUCCACAGGCGGAAAAGAUACAAGUAUUAUGCAGUGGCGAGUCAUUUAGAGGAAACGUCAGUAUGAACAUACACAAUUGAGUCGACCAUGCACAGAACUUAUGUAUAAACUGUAUAUUUAAAACUUAACAGUAUGUUUGCAGUUUAGCCUGGUCACUGUGAUUUUUGUUUAAAAAAAUUCUUACAAACCUCAGGAAAAUUAAGCCCUGUGCUGGUUACUUUACUCAGUUUAGUGAUUUUUUUCAUUGUGUCACACCUUAAGAAUGAUUGUUUUCUCUUUUGUUGUACAAUAUACAAUGCAGUACAAGUUUAAUAUAAAAAUGUGGCUUGACAGUUUGCAAUACAGUGGUAUCAGCGGAAUGUGACUAUCUUAAAUGUUUUCUAUAAACACUGCUAAAGUGGUCACAAAAAUGCCUUUCAAAGACUGUAUAUAUGUGCUUAAUUGUUUCACUAUCUACACUUUGUACUGUAUAUCUACUUAUCUAGAAAAAUCUAUGGCAUUGUUGAGGUACUGAAUUAUUUCUGAUGGAGGACGACGAAUUGAUGCAGAAGGUAUAAAUGAAGAUGUAAGAUGCAAAAAUUAGUCUUCUAGAUCUGCAAAUGUGAAUGCUGGUAAAUUUGCAUUCUCUUAGGAGUAGCACACUUUAGGUAUCACCUGUGAGGAGUUAUAUGCCCUUUCAGAUGAGUGAAGCAGCAGGUUAUACCCCAGUUUAACCUGACUAUCUCAGCAGGGUUUACAGAUGGCUAUGUGGUUCAGGUAUUCCAGAUGAGUUUAAAUUAAAAAUCUUUUUACUUGUAUAUGAACAAUUUCUUUUUGAAAAUGAAACAAAAAAAGCUUGGCCACAUCCCCAUUAUUGGUUGAUAUAUUUAACUAAUAUGUAUAUUAAUCAGCAUGAUGCUAUAUUGUACAUGUAUAAGAUUUUAGCAGUUCAUAACAAAUGGUAAGGCAACCCAGCUUUACUUUUUUAUGCUUAUGGAUAUUGUAUAUUUGUAUUUUAAGACCAAGUAGACCAAGUCUAAAGAUAUCUUUUUAAGUGUACCAUAAACCUGCAGAGGGUGAAGGAAGUCUUGGAAGCCUACAUGAGAUAUUAAUGUGUAACUUCUGGCCCCUGUGUUUUGUGCAUGGAUGGAUAUUUAUAGUAUGAAAUAAGAUUGUGUUUUGCAAUGAAGUAAUAGUGGAGGUGGUAUAAAAUGGUUCAGAAGGCCUUAUCAGUGGUGAUUGUGACACAGAUUGAAAUGUAUUGUUUACUUUGAGGAAUGUAUCUGAAGAAUUUUAAAAAGAGAGGAAUCCUAAGUGGACUCGAAAAAGAUAAUAUUAAAAGUUUGCUUGUAAUGGACGGUAAACGUUAAUUCUCUGAACUCUAAAGCACUGGUUGUUUAGAGUGAUUUAAAUGAAAUGGAAUCAAUAAAUUUUGAAACUUUUUUUAUUACAUCUCCAACCUCCUACACUGACAGUGCAGGACACCAAUAAACAUGUAUUAAAGCGAA